AAAUGCUGUCGUAUCAGAGCAUGACUGAGAGGCAGCGCAUGGUUCAUGACAGAGUCAAGAAUGCGAAGGGACAGCACUAUCUGGACUUUUCUUGGAUUGGCGACGCUGAGGCGCAGGCGAUUGCUGAGGCACUCAAAGUGAACACGAAGCUGACUACGCUAGAGCUGAACAAGAACCAGAUUGGCGACGUUGGAGCGCAGGCUCUUGCUGAGGCGCUCAAAGUGAACACGAGGCUGAAUUUUCUCCAGCUCUCGGAGAAUCAGAUUGGCGAUGCUGGAGCGCAGUCGAUCGCAGAAGCACUGAAGGUGAACAAGAAGUUGACUUUUCUCUUUCUUGCUGACAAUCAGUUUGGUGAUGCUGGAGCAAAGGCGAUUGCUGAGGCCCUCAAGGUGAACACGAAACUGACUACAAUCGAUCUAAUGUCUAAUUGCAUUGGCAAGCUUGGUUCUCAAGCGCUCAAGGAGGCAUGCAAAGGCAAAAGCGGAUUUCAGCUUUUAAUCCACAGGCAGAUCAACCCUCUUGCGUUCUCCUUGCUUCCCCGAUUGGCGAGUGCUGAGGACAUCCAAGAAGUGCUCCGCAUGCUGACCAGCGGGGUGGAGCUGGAGGAUGAGCCCGCAUCUCUUCCGACACUUCCGAUUGAGAUUGCCGAGGUCAUCAUGGACAAGGCGUGCUACUGGCACGGCGCUUGGAAAAUCCAACGAGACUACAUUGAUCCCGUUAAAAUCAAACCGUCUCAAGGAAACUCCAUCCGCGUGAAGACAAUUCAAGUAUUUCGUGACUGGGAGGAGCGUCCACACGACGUCGAUGAGUGUGUUUUCCGUUUGACUGUCCACGAUGAACGCGGUAAGGUUCGAUACAAAUGUGCGGUGCACCCGACUUUCGCUACCUCGAACCUCGACGUUGCGACACUCCUGCCAGCCAGUCAUCCUUUCCUCCGAGAAAUGCGUGAGGGUUGGCAAGCUCAAAUUCUACGCAACGAUUCUGUCGGCGACGUGCGAUUUGAAUCGCUUUACAUCGGGUACUUCUGAUGGCAAUCUUUGCAACGCACCCUCUUUUGACGAAUACACUGAAAGUUCUUCAGCAACAUCUUCGACCGGCAAUGACUCGCUGGUCGGUGACUGGUC